AAUGCUCUACUGUCCACUACAUAUUUUGACAGAGUCAUCUUUGCCCCAUCUUCUCCCUCCCCCUCCCCCUCUAUCUUUUCCACCGCAGAAUAAAUCAAAGCAGACAAGCACUACACCCUCUCUCGCUCUCCAGUCCUCGCUUCCCGUUUAAAGGGGGUUGCUCUCUCUGUUUUUUCUUGUUCCUUUUGCUGCUGCUACUAAUAAUGGCUGGUCAAAGGAAUGACUACGGCAAAAGAUCACAGCACUCACAAUCUGAUUAUGGCGGGGGUAAAAGAAGAAACCCCGGAGAUGACCCUUCUGACCAGAAUACUAUUACUAAUGAAGAUACAGUCUAUCGUUAUUUAUGCCCUUUGAGAAAGAUUGGCAGUAUUAUUGGUAAAGGUGGAGAGAUUGCUAAGCAAUUAAGGGCGGAUAGUAAGUCAAAUAUUAGGAUUAGUGAGGCAAUGCCGGGUUAUGAUGAGCGAAUUGUUACUAUUUAUAGUUCGAGUGAAGAAACUAAUCUUUUUGGAGAAACUGGCGAGUAUGUUUGUCCUGCUCAAGAUGCGCUUUUUAUGGUUCAUGAUAGGGUUAUUGCUGAGGACUUGAACAAUGCUGCUGCCGAGGAGGAGGAGGGAGAGGAUAAUUUUGGGGAGGUGCAGCAAGUUACGGUGAGAAUGCUUGUGCCAGCGGAUCAAAUUGGGUGUGUUAUUGGGAAGGGUGGACAAGUUAUUCAGAAUAUAAGGAGUGAGACUAGUGCCCAGAUUCGGAUUACAAAGGAUGAUCAUUUACCUCCUUUAGCUUUGAGUAUUGAUGAACUCCUCCUGAUACAUGGAGAACCCUCUGCUGUGAGAAAGGCACUUUACCAAGUGGCAACCCGCCUUCACGAGAAUCCAUCUCGGUCACAGCACUUGAUACUGUCUUCUUCAGCCAACAUGCAUGGUGGCAUGUUUGUGGCUGCAAAUGCUGGAGCCCCUGUUUUGGGUCUAUACGGCAACUAUAAAGGUGGUUGGUCAUCAUCAUUUUACCCUGACCAGAGAGAUGAAUCUUCCGCGAAAGAAUUCUCUCUUCGUUUAGUGUGUCCCACUGCAAACAUUGGAGGUGUGAUUGGGAAAGGUGGUGGUAUCAUCAAACAAAUUCGACAGGAAUCUAGGGCUUCUAUUAAAGUUGAUAGCUCAGGUGCUGAAGGAGAUGAUUGCAUAAUAUUUAUAUCAGCAAAGGAGUUCUUUGAAGAUCAAUCUCCAACCAUGAAUGCAGCAUUGCGCUUGCAACCACGGUGCAGUGACAAAACCGAAAAGGAAUCAGGUGAUUCUGUAAUCACCACCCGUCUGCUUGUGGGAAGAUCACAAAUUGGAUGUCUUAUGGGAAAAGGUGGGGCAAUUAUCUCAGAAAUGAGGAAUCAGACAAGGGCAAACAUCCGGAUUAUUUCAGAAGACAAUCUUCCUAAGGUUGCUGGUGAAGAUGAUGAGAUGGUGCAGAUCACCGGAAGCCUUGAAGUUGCUAGCAAUGCUCUUUUACAAGUGAUUUUGAGGUUGAAAGCCAAUUUAUUUGGAAGGGAUGGAGCACUAACUGCAUUUCCACCAGCACUUCCAUAUAUUCCCAUGUCACUAGAUACAUCAGAUGGUUCAAAAUACGGAAGCCGAGACAGUCAAUCACGCGGACGUGGUUACACUUCUUCCUCUAGUGGAUAUGGAUCUCGUGACGUGCACCCAAGUGAUAGUUAUGGAAGUAAUGGAGGUUCACUGAUUGGUGGUGAAAGCAGUUAUGGAGCAUAUGGUGGCUUCUCAUCUGGUCGUUCUGGUGGUGCUGGGUUAUCUGGUCAGAAUCCUGUUUCCCAAAGAAAACAUCAUGGGUAUUAAUCCUGUAUUCUAGGGCCAACAGUGAUCUACAAAUCCUGAUGCCGCCCUUUGCCCUUUGAUGAAGCCUUCAGCCUAAGUCACAAAAGAUCAGAUGAACAGGCCUUGACAAAACUGUGCUUCACCUUGGCCCACCCUCAGAUGCUUUAUUUUGGAUAUCUGUUGAUGCAAUUCACCAUUCAAUCAUUUGAGGACCUUGACACCAGUAACUAUCAAAGCUUAUAUUGUGCUCUAGAUGGAUAGGCCAUCAGCAUGCUUAUGUGUAACAAUAAUAAUAUCUAUUUCCCUGUAAAUGAUGUGUGAUUGGCACUCACGAACUUGUGUCAUUGGUUUUAUGAGGGAAAAUUUUUUGUAACUGAAUUCUGAUAGUAUAUGCUUGUAUUAGUUAUCAAUCUGUGUGUGGGUUGACAGAUUAUGGCAAGGGCCCGGAAAACUUUAGGUUCUGUAAUCUGGACUAGGCUUUACCAUCUCAUCAUGGUGCAGUCAUUCUUUUAUUUCAAUUUACUUUUAUUUUCAAGUUUGUGAUUGUUAUCUCUGUGGCCAUGGGUUGCCACUACCUUUAUGGUUGGAAGGGAACUCGUGGAUGUCCUCUAUUUAUUCAAAUUUUGAUUUAUUCUCUAAUAUUUUGCAUCUCAAUUUUUUAUGUGAUUUGGAAGAAUACCGUGUGGAAAUAUUGAUAUGAAAAUUUUCUAAUAUUUCAAAUUUGCUUUGAAGGCAAAUCUCUUGAUGGUCUAUGUUCAGGCUUGUCCCAUAAGCCGUGGGAAAAUCACAAUGGGGCUAUUAGUUUAGCUGGGAGGUAGUUGUAUGCAUCCCUCUUUGAGCUGAUUCACCUAUUACUGGCAUGGUGAAGAUAAAUCAGCUUGAGGGGUAGGCAUGUUCUCUACUUUCAUCUUAGUGUUCUUGUCCAUUAGCCUUGGAUGGGUGGAUUGAAGUCCUUUGUGUAAUUAACGUGGCAGGUUUGAUGCAUCAACAGUUUUCAUUUACAUCACCAGCAGGUAUGUUUCUCUGCUCCUAGUUUAUAGUAAACAGGAUGUUUGUCCAAGUCAUGACUUGGCUAUCUUAUUGGUAAUCAGUAAGCUGGCCGCUCCUGUAUAAUAAUUCAAUAAUUGAAAGAUGGUAAGGCAUGAUGUGUGCGGCAAUUGAAGUUGGACAAGUAGACAGAAGUGUAAUUUUCCCAAUCAGGCACUAUAUCCAUUCUUUUAUGGCACAGGUACUUCACCUCAUCUCAUGUAUGGAAACAGACCCAGGAAACUAGUGAAACUGCUGUAUUUUUGGAUGUGAACUGGUGUGAUUACCAUGUUGAGCAAUCACCAUGUUAUUUGAUAGGAACAUAAUAUAACAAAUAUCACUGUUGAAUACAGUAAUACCUGAAAUCAUGUAUGCUUACCAGUUGUAUUUGGAAUAGUUUUAUUUCUAUGUUUGCAUUAGACCGGGUUUCUUAAGUCUAAUGAAAGCUCACUCUUCAAACUUUUGAUUUCUUGUGUUAUAUUGUGUUUCAGCAUAGCAGAAGGUAUCUGAUUCUUGUUUGGUCUGCAUUCACACCUCUGCAUUGUGGUUAAAUAUGUGUGUGUAUAUAGGAGGUUAAUGUGAUUGGAGCUUUUGGGGUCGAAUUUGAGUAAUUGAUUUGAUAGUGCAGUGCAUUGAAUUAGCUCGAAAGUAAUGUGGAGAAUUAACUUGUGUUUUGCUUGUAUUGUGAAUGGUGAGGAAUUGUUUUUGCUGCCGUUCUCCUGAAUUUCUCCUUUUAAUUGGCGUGUAAUAUCUGCUCAGCUAGGAUUUUGUCAUGAAUCAGAUGUUUGUAUAGAUGAUUCUGUCGUGACUGUUGUAUAGCCGGAUGAGUCUAUUCUCUCCCGCCAUUCCAUCUU